UUGUGUUCUGGCUCUGAGUAAACCAAAAACUUGUAUUCUCAGAAUGUUUAAAUACUUUGUGUUUGCCGUUUUUUGCAUUUGCAGCUCCGCCGCAGCUCCAGGAUAUCUAGGUGGCUUGGCCGCUGCUCCAGCUCCUGCAAUAUCGUAUGGUCAUGCCUUGUCAGGACCGUCGAUUGCAUCAUAUGGCUUAGCGGCUCCUCAACUCAGUUAUGCUGCUCCUGCUUUGGCUCAUGGACCUGUCUUGGCUCAUUCCUCGAUCUCGUUGGGACCAAAAAUUAGCUAUGCUUCACCAGCUCUGGCCGCCGCUCCAUUAGGACUAGCGCAUGCUCCUCUAAGACUAGCACAUGCUCCUCUGGGAUUAGCACAUGCUCCUCUGGGAUUAGCACAUGCCCCUCUUGGAUUAUCGCAUGGUUCCUUGGCGUCUCCCUAUGGAUUGGGUUUGGGAUACAGAUCUAUUGCUGCUCCGGCUUUGUCUGCCCCAGCAUUGGGCUUAGCCCAUGGCUGGUAAGGUUAAAGUUAUAAUGGUUGCUUAAUUUUGGUCAAAAAUUAA